GUGAAACGUGCACCGGCGUAUUAUUUUACAACAUUUUUCUACAGUCGGUCGUUCGUCAUAGUUACUAGUUUGUACUUCCAGUUUUUUGGUGUGUAACUACCUAUAUUUGUAGAUUUUUAUUUCGUUAAAUCCACAAGGAUAUAUUGUUCGUCCGGUGAUUUAGAGUAGUGCGAUCGAGUUUUGUGUUUCAUUCAAUUAUUGUGUACCAAUACCUCCUUAUUUAAAAACCGGGUACCUACAUAAUGUUAUAUUAGUCGAAUAUUCAUUGUAAGUGUAAUAAAUAAUUAAAAUUAUAAACAACUAAUAUUACCAUAUUAUUAUUUUAGGUAUAGGUGUACCUAUUCUGAAUCUAUAGUUUGGAUACACUAUUACUAUAUCAACUAUAACUUAUAUAUGUAGUACACAAGUCUGACCAUAUCACUGUUGUGAAAAUUUCCUACUAACUUUACUCUUAUACUUGAGUAUCAAAUCAAAAAUAAACUAGCAAAUCAUGGCUUUCAAUUUCCCGGCUUGUACUUACAUCGUCGCCAUGAUAACUGAUGCCUUUUUAUUGUUUUUUACAGUAUUUCAUGUGAGUAUCUAUAUCAUUUUUAUAUUAUUUGAAAUGUAGGAAUGAUUAAUAUAAUUUCAUUUUAGAAUUAAGACUAUAAUUAUUGUUUUUGGAGGUGAAAAUUGUUUAAUUUUUUUUUAAAUUAGGUAUUAUUAUUUAAUUAAUGUUACUAUAAUCCAUAUUUGGAAGUGGUUGUUUUUGUGUGCACAAUAUCACACUUUGUGCACUACAAAAUUCCAAAUACUGUAAAAUCCGCUUAAUUAAAACACUGCAUAAAGGGGACAACCGUUUAAUGGGGACGAAUUGGCAUAGUCCCGAACGAAUGUAUUCGUUUAAGGCAAUUUAACUUCGUUUAUCUGGGACAAACCAUCGGUUAUAAGGGACAAAAAUAAAAGCGUCUAAUUAGAUAUUCUGACCUAAAUUAUCUAUCUACUUCUUAUCGAAACAGUAAUUAUCUAAUCUUUACAGUUCUAUUAUAUAGGUAAUGUCAAUUAUGUCAAUCAUUUAUCUUAUAAAUAGCUCUAUUAUUUAGGUAAUCAUUUAUUUUUCAUCUACUACCACGGUAAGAGUCGACUAGCCUACAUACAAAAUUGCGUUCCUUCAUCUCUGCGUAUUAAUCUUUAUAGCUCUAUUAUAUAGGUAAUCAAUUUAAAAACUUUAGUUCGCAUUCUUUCAUCUCUGCGUAUUAACGUAUGUGUGUUUUUAUUGAUCUCAGUUUGUGUUAAUACGUAACAAUUAUGUCUCGUAAAAAUUUAACGUUCCAAAAAUUUCUAAUCUGGAUAAAAUUAAAGCUCAACCUCAUUCUUCCAGUCUCCGUGAGUUAGAGAAAAUAAUAGGCACCUCUAAAUCAGUACUAAGUUGAUUAAAAAAUAAUGAAAAAGCUGUUCGUGAACAGUGGGAAAAAUUAAACGACAGCAAAAGUGCACCUGUAAACAGAAAAAGAAAGCGAGAAGGCAAAGAUCCCGGAGUAGACAAAGCUAUGAACGAAUGAUUUUCUGCUGUUACAGAACGUGGUGUUUGUAUUUUGGGUUCCAUAUUACAGCAGAAAGCUGAAUUUUUUGCUGAAAAAAUUGGACAUGGUAAUUUUAAGGCCACAGAAGGUUGGAUAAGUCGUUGGAAGGACCGGAAUAAUAUUAAAUUCAAGCAAUUUCACGGAGAAAAAUCAAGUGCUGAUACAAACGGAGCUGAUGAAUGGUCUAUAGUUAAAUUACUGGAAAUUCUUCAAAAAUUUUCUCCUCAGGACAUUUAUAAUGCCGACAAAACUAGUUUAUUUUACUGAGUGACUCGGGAUGGUUUUUUAUACAUAAUAUACAUAUUAUGUGCAAUUUAAUAGUUAUUCGGUUAAUCGGGACAAAGAGGUCACCGCCCAAUGUGUCCCAAUUAAGCGGAUUCUACUGUAUACACUACGGAAAAUUAAAAUAUACACCUACAAUCUGUGUUUUUAUUAUAGAUGAGCCACAAAAAUUUCACAUUGUGGCAUUAUUUUUGGAGUUAAAACCACUGCCCACUUUAUUUUUAAAUAGCAGUAUACAUUAAAAAUUGUAUAAAUAGUUAAAAUAAAUUUUGAUGUUGAAAUCUUUAAUUUUCGUCAAUGCCCCAUAUAUCAAACUCAAAUAUAUGUAUGUGCGCUAUGGAAAGUCUGAAAAAAUAGCCACUGAUAGUUGGUAUGUUAUAACUUUUAUUUAUAAAUGUGGUUAAAGUCUAGCUUUGGGUAAUGUGAAAACAAUUUCAAAAUGUUAAAAAAUGUUUCAUAUAACAUUUGUGAAUGUAAGACCAAACAAUUUUUAAGUGAUCUGUUUUUGGAAUUUUUCAUUUUUAAUAUUAAAUAUUUAAACAAAUAUUACAUAAGAAGUUUUCCAAUAUUUCAACAUUAUUUGCAAUAGGUAUCUAAAUUCAAAUUUUUAAAAGGGUUCUUAAAUUGAAUCAUUUAUAUUUUUUUUACAAACAUAAUCAGCAUUUAUCUUGAAAAUAAUACAUAAUACUUGUAGACAAAUGCCUUAGUCACAAUUGUGUCAAAAAGAGAUGUUAAUUUAAAAAUUCCAAAAUUGGAUCACUUAUAAAUUCUGGGUGGGUGGAUACUUGAACAAAUCUUAUGUAAUUAGUUUUUCAUCAUUUGAUAUUUUUUCCCAGAAUUCAACUGAUAUCCCUCAUUAUAAUUACUUUUUGUUUCCAAAAUUGAUAACUAUAGUGCCCGUAUGAAAUUAUGAUUCAAUUUUUUUAUAUAGUUUCAUAGUAUUUAAAAUAGGUACCUAAUAUAAUUUAUCAAAUAUUCAUUUCAGACAAUAUUAUGAUAAUUGAUUGUAUACAUUUGAGUACAUUUAUGCAUACAUACAAAUUAUUUUAUAUCUUUAUAAUUACUUUUAAUUUUUUUUAUUUCUUUAAUAAUUUGUCUGUACAAUGAUAAUAAACUUCAAUUUAUUUGUUCAUUCAUGCAUUUGGAGUAACAUUAGUGUUAAGUUACAAAAAAAAAACAUCAUUGUUUCAUGGACUGUAAUGUAACUGUUUUAUUCCUGCUAAGAUGGAAAUUUGAACACACAUCUUUAUAUAAUGGACAGGCUAUUUUUUUAAUAUUCCAGGUUGAUUUGUUUAUAGUUACAAUUUAGUUUGUCAUUCAAACUAACAAUAUUUGUAUUACUUACAGGUUGGAUACUUGAAAAUAAAAUAAUGUAUUGAACUGGAUAUACAUUAUUUUGUUGUAUGGUUUUUUUUUUUUUAGAUUUGUUUAUUUUAAUAACCACAAGUAUUUAUAUUUUGUUAAAGGUUAUUACAUUUGAUGAACUGAAGAAUGAUAACAAAAAUCCUAUUGAUCAAUGCAACAGCUUAAAUCCAGUAAGUAUAAAAAUUAAUAAGUUUAAAUAGGUUAUUAAUAAUAAAAGGGAACUGUUAUAUGUUUAGACAAUUUAGCAUAAUUAUUCAUUUUUGAUCUCAGAAAAGAUUUAAUAAGCUUUAAUUAAUGGAUGCAUUUUCUGACAAAUUUGUCCAAACAAAGAAAUGCCUAUUUUCCAAUGAGAAUGAUUUUUUUGAUUUGGUUAAUCAAUUUGACCAAUUUGAUUAAUGAACCAGAUUCUGAUAAAUUGAUCAGUCUCUUGUAUGUGAACAGGUGUUUGUAGGAUAUGAGUGACAAAAAUUAUCAUAUAACAUUAUACAACAUUUUUAAACUCUCCUUUGUGGUCUCUUCUAGAAAAUAAUUAGUUGACCUGCUCUGUUUUUCUACCAUUUAACACCAAUAACUUGUUGUAAUUCAAAACCUGUUGUACAAUACACAUAUAAUACUCAAUUUUUAUUAAUUUAUUUAUAUAUUUAACAAUAAAUUAUUAACAAACUUUCAAGAAAAUAAAAUUCAUAAAGUUCAUCCAUCCUUGCUGAAUGACAUAAACUUACUGACCAUCAGAAUAUCGGAGUAACUGCCUUGUUCUGAAGAAUAUUUUGGAAAUCAGAACUUACAUUCAUAGUAAUCAUAACCUUAAGUAUUUGAAACCAUAUGACUUAGUUUAAGAAUUUAAAUUAAGGGUAGGCGCUACUUCAUUGGAAGUAUGACUUUAUCUAUAUUUAAAGUAUAUAUAUAUUAACAUCUAGUAUGUAAGAUAUAUCUUGUUAAACAUAUUUAUAAAGACCUUCAGGUUAUUUAAAUAAUAAAGUCCCUUGGCAUUUAAAAAAAAAAAAAAUUGAUCUGAUAUGUGAUUUCAUAUUAUUUUUCACUAUACUUACUAAAAUUAUUAUAGGAGAAAGUAAAUAAAUUAGAUUUUAUUAUUCUCUUUCAUUUAUAGUACUAUACCAGACAUUUUAAAGUUUAAACUUACUGUCAAUAAAAUAAACAUUAAUUAAUGGUGUCAUAUUUAAAAUUUAAAUUAUCUCAUCUCAGCUAAUUUUGGGCUUAAAAAAGUUGUUUGAGCAUUUAAAUUCAUGAAAAAAUAAAUGUUUAAAAGAGGGCUUGCAUUUAAUUAAAAAAAGUUGUAUCGUGUGUAUGUGUAUAUCUAAUAAACAAUAAUAAAUUCUUAGUGUGGAAAAAUAUGUUUUACUAGAUAUAACCUUACUAAAAAAAAAAAAACACCAACAUUUGUAUAACUGUGCAAAUAUAUUAUAUAUAUUGUGACUUCAAUCAAAAGUUACACUUUAUAUAAAAAAUCUGCCAGCUACUAAAUGGUCAAUAGUCUGUGGUCCAAUGAACUAAUAAUUGAUAGCAACUGAUAAACCAUGAAGGUCUCAAUUUUAAAGAUGAAUUAAUACAAGGAGUCCAUGUACAUGUAAAUAAAAAAUUUGUAUUUGUGUAUUAUUAAUAUAUGUGGAUUUAAUAUCUAUGUUUAUGUGUUUUGAUAUUAUUCAUUUAUUCAUAGAUAUUAAACAGUUGGUAUGUUGUACCUACUAUCUAAGUACUAUAGUGCAAAUAUAAAUAGGGGAUAACUGGAAUUUAGGUACCUACUGCUAAUGUGAAGUUGAUAAAUUUGAUUAUUAUAUGUUAAGAAUUGGGAAUGUCAAUUUCACAGAAAUACAUGAAAGCAUGUGCAUGUGAAAUAGUGAGCUCUUGGUUAAACCUCUGAAUUAAUGAUUUAUAAACAAUAAUUUUAAUUUUAUUAUUUUAUAUACUUUCAAAUUUUUAAAUACAAAAAAAAUUGAUCUACUGUUUUAGUUAGUUGAAUUAAUAUCUGUAAAAUGUAUAUUGUUUAUAAUUUUUUAAGUUAAAUGUACAAUUUUAUUACUUAAUAAUUAUACAUUUUUUUAUUUCAGUUGGUGAUACCAGAAUAUAUAUUACAUUUCUUAUCCAAUUUACUAUUUUUUUUUGGAAGCCAGUGGUUGUCCUUUGCCAUUAAUGUACCAUUAAUGGCUUAUCAUAUUUUAAAGUAAGUGUAUUAACAAAUAAGUAUGAAUAUAAUAAAUAUGAAAUUGGUUUUUAUUUUGAUAAUAUGUUUAUUUUAAUUACUUUAACAGGUAUCAAAAUAGACCUCUGAUGUCUGGUUUUGGUCUUUAUGAUCCUACUACUAUUAUGCAUGCUGAUAAAUUAAACAAGUAUAAACGUGAAGGUUGGAUAAAAUUGGGAUUUUAUUUGUUUUCAUUUUUCUACCAUUUAUAUGGGUAAGUCAAAUUGGUUUAUUGAAGCAUAUAGUCAGUGUUGGGCAAAUCGUAAUCCGAUUAAUGAUAAAAAAAUUACAAUUAAAAUGUGUAGUUGCUAAUCACAAUGAAAUAUUAUUUUAAAUAAUUCAAAUACAUAAUAAUGUAAUCAUAGUAUUGAUUAGGAUUACAAAAUAAUUUAAUCUGUAAUCAUUAUUACUUCCAAUAACAAUUUUGGGUUAAAUAACAGCUAUAUUUUGAAAAACAUAAUUUGUCAAACAAAAAUUUAAAAAAAAUAAUGAGUAAAUUUGAUAAUGGAAUAAAGAUUAGCAAUACAAAAACAUUUUGCUUCGGGAAAAGCUAUUUUUUAAUAAUAAAUUAAAUAUAAAUAUAAUAAAUUCAAUUAAUUAAGAUGGGUUUUAAUAGGUACCUAACAAUAAUAAUUUAAAAAUAUAAUAUUGAAUAAUAUAAAAAUCAUAAAAAUUGUAUAAUAAUAUAUUUCUGUUGCUUAGUGCAAACAAGGCCAAUGUCACAUUUUGUGAUUGUUGGGAAAUGGGCUUUGAAAUUUUAAUUUCCCAUAAGGCUCUGUAUUUUAUUAAAUGUAAAUGUUAGUAUAAUUUUCAAUUUUUACUUAGGAAAUAAAAAAUUAUACACUUUCUUUUUUUUAUUUCUAUCUGAUUUUUUCUAAAAUUGAAUAUAUAGGUAUACAAAUGAAAUGUUGUUAUAUUAUAGGGAAUAAAAUUAAAUGCAAUCAAUAAUACACUAAUAAAUACACAAUAUUUUAUUGUACAUGUACAGGUAAAUUUGGAUAAGUUAGAAGUAGUAGGUUUGUAGAAAAAAACUUUGGAAAAUAAUUGGAUAAAAAUAUAAAUGUAGCUUAUUGAUCCUAUUAAUAAGUGCCCUGCAUUUCUAGAAUCUCUAUACAUAGUUGACAAUUUGUAAACUCAUAUUUUUAAAAAUAAAUAGUAUAUUAACUAAUACAAUACAGUAAAACCUCUUAAUAGAGGACACUCUCAGUCACCAUAUGUAUUUGCUUAGUUAAAUUUAAUUGUGUAUCAUAUAUACGUAUUAAUGUAUAUAUUUAGUGUUUUAUUAUAUAAUAGUUUUAAUAUGUAAGUAUGUGUGUAUUUUAAUUAAAUAUAUAAAACACAUACAUACAUAAUGAUACCCAUGAUUAGUGUGCUGUCAUAUUAUCUGAUCAAAAUCCUUUUUAAGUACAAUUGAACCCAAACAAAUAAAAAUGUACAUACCACAAAUUAAGAUAUUCUUAAUAAAAGUAUAUCUUAAUUCAUGUUCGUGGUUCAUACAAAUGUAAUUCAAAAUAACUUGUAUAAUUUUUAUAUUCUACAUUCCAUGUACUACAUACUUAUUUUAUUGCAAACCGGUUCAUUUGAGUGUAUACUAUUUAAUAAUAGUCAAAUCUUAGUAUGUAAAUACUCAUAUUUUAAUAUGAUAUGAGUAAAUAUAUUAUCUGUGUUUUUACAAUUAAAUUGUUUGGAUCCAAACAAUUAAACUAUUACUGAUAACAGUCUGAUGAGAAUUACUUGGUGGAAGUACUAAUCAAGCAUAUUCAAUUUGGUAUGAAAUGAUUACAUUUUAACAAAUUCAACAAAAACUAUCCCCAAAUUAAUUUUUUUCAUAAUCUUAUGUUUUCGAUCCAUAAGUUAUUGAAUGAAUUUUAAAUUAAGAUUUAAACCACAAUUAUAUAGAUUUUAGCAUAAUAAUAUAUUAUUAUCAUCUAUAGCUGUAAUUAAAAUAUGUGACUUCUAUUUGGAGGUUUUCCCAUUGAAUAAUAGAGAAAAUGGCAUUAUUUCCAAAAAAAACAUAUGCUAUUGGAAAAUAUUGGUUUUUCUGUAACACCUAUAGACAUCUUAUUCCAUUAACUUAUUCAUCAUUAUACUCUUAGUUACUACAAUUAUUUAUAUAUAGGGCCAUACUAAGAGGGGGGCAAAGAGGAAACUGUCUUAAGGUGAUGGAAGCACCACAAAUGUAUGAGGUACCAAAUUAAAACACCAAACAUGAUGUUUGCUCUAGAGUGCUGUAUGUUCAUUGCUGUAGUUAUGUGAUCAAAUUAAAGAUAAUGAUUAUGGAUUACAAAUAUGUAAUCAUGAUAACUGAUUACUUUGAUAAAUGAUUAAAUAAUUAAUGACUAAUGUAAUUUAAUAAUUUAAUUGAUUCACUAAAUGUCUAACACUGAAUGUAAUUUAAUUCAUAUUGUAUGUUGACUUAACCUGUUUUAUUUUCUAGAAUGAUACAGUCAUUGAUCCCAUCAUAAGAUGUCUUACUCAAUACUUUUGUAUUUAUCAAUGUUUACUUGAUGCUGUAUGUGCUUUACUAAUAUAUUAUAAAUACAGUAUUGACUGUGCCAUUGAGAUUCCAUAUGUCUUGUGUUAUAUGAAGUUAUCCCAUAUUUAGAAUCAUCCAUUCUGUAUAUGUCCUUUCUAAUAUCAUUUUAUUUUAUCAAUAUUAAACGAAAAUAAUAUCUAGGUUAGUCAAAGCAUUUUAUCUGCAAAAUAUACUUAGAUUAAAUAAAUUGAGAUUAAUCACUAUAAUUAAGAAUAAUAUCAGAACUUAAGUUUUUUUUUUUUUUCAUUCUGUUACAUUUUUUGUUCUACAUCAGAUUAUAAGCUAACAGUUAGCACUUCAAACAGCAAUUGCUAACAAUCACCAUUUGAUAUCAAGAGAUUCAGUAUAUCACUGUAGACAAUUUACAAAUUGAAUUUUUGAAUUAUGUUAACAUGUGUCAGUUUGGUUUCAAUAUUAUUUUAGAAAAAAAAAAAAGCAAUUAAAAAGGAAAUAAAUUGUUCAAAUUGGUUGGAUAACUUUUGAGUUAAGUAUUAGUUUUGAAAGCUCUCCCUUCUUCCCCUUCUUAUUUUUUUUUGUAGCCUAUAUAAGUUUAAAGUAUGAUUUAAAAUGUAUCAUAAUCAAAAUAAAUGUGAAAUCCAUCUCUACUCUACCAAUAUAAUAAUAAUUAUUCCAUUUUUUUUUUUGUUAUCCGGGGUACCUUUGUAGUUAGUGAAUUGAGAUAAUUUUUUAUUUUACCUGUAAUGAUUUCCUUAAUAAUGAUAGGAAAUUCCUAGGGGGGAAGGUACAAAUAUUUACCAAUAACAAAUAUUUUCGAAUUUUUAAUAUUAGGAAAGCGCAUUCUAUAAGAGUGAACAAUUCCUAAUUAUUAAAAAUAUAAGGUAUUUUUAACUUAUGUUUUGAAACCUAAAAUUAAGACAUUUUUAUGUUAGCAAAAUUUAAAAAUUAUAAUUGUUAGAUUACUGACUCAAAGGUCUAAAUUUAGGGGUGCCAACCUCUCUUCCCAUGUACCUAUCUCUAGCCCCAAGAUAAGAUGUUUCUAGCCAAUAAAAUAUUGUAUAUUUUGUCAGAAUGUAGCACACAUACAGCAUGAUAAUGACUAUUUAUAAUACUAUAGAUUUUAUGAAAUCACUAUUUUAUAAGAAUGACAUUUUUUAUUAAUAACUGAUUAAAUUUAGCGAUCUUGCACAUGUCUUUUCCUCAUGUCUAUAAAUACCAAAGUUACGUGAUAACUGAUUUGUAAUCCAAUAGUAAAAGAAAACAUUGGUUACUAUGGCCUUUAGCAGUGCUGAGUAUCAAAUCUGAGUCAAUCUAAUUCAGAAUUGAAAUAGAUGUUACAAUCCAUUUAAUCUAGAUAAUUUAUAAUUUAAAUCAAUUAUUUAUAAAUUAAUUAACAUAAUGUAUGUUUAACUGUUCCAAGUUGUUUUUUUUUUAUUAUUAUUAUUAUCUACCAUCUAUUUUCUACUUUUUUCAGUACCUAGCCUAAAUGAAUAGAUUGGAUCCAGUUUAUUGGAUAAUUAUGUAAUUAAAAUUUAGAUUACUCAGAACUAGUCCCAAGAACUACUAUUAAUUCUAUUACUAGGUAGCUACUUAUUAUUAUUAUUAAGUUUCUAUCGAAAAAUAAAGCUUGUAACUCAAAAAUGAGCAAUUAUUCAAAUUUGACUCCCAGGGAAAAGACAUGAACAUUUCAAAAUCCAACAUUUUUAAUAAUAACCAAAAUCAGCAGUUCAAAAUAAAGCUAUCAUAAGCAGAUUUUAUAUAUUAUUGUAGACAAUAAAUUAUUUGCAUUGAUAUUCAAUAGUUUGUUUUGUUUUUACAAUAUUUUAUAAUAAUUAUAAUAGCUAAGAAAUAUGUCUAUGAUGUUACUUCAUGUAUGUAGUUUUGUUUACAUAUUAUCAAUUUAAAUAACUUUGCAUUUUGCUUUUUGAUUUUAAUUAUACUAAUUGUUUUUUAUUCCAUGUAACCAAUCAUAAUUAUUUAUUACUCUCAAGUUAUAAUCAAGCAGUUAAAAUAAUAAACAUUGAUACAAACACACAAAUAUAAUUGGAAUCAUCCAAAAUAUUCAACAUUUUAUUGUUUUAAUGAUUGUAUUCUUAUCCUAAUGUCUAUAAGAAUAAUAAAUUGUAUUGGAAAAUGUAUUUAUUUUUUUUAUAUAAACUUCAAUAUUUGUAUGUUAAUACUUUAAAGUUUGU